AUGCCAAUAGAGGACAAGAACAAGGAGGCCAGGAGCCCGUCUCUGGUAUCCGUGGCAACGGAAGGAGUGAGAGACAUAUUCGAGGAGUACAGAAACCACGCCACCAUCCACGGCGUGGCCCAAUUAAGAGGACCGAGGAUCUACAAUCACCGGAAGUUUGUCUGGCUCCUUCUCCUAUUCGGGAUGGCAUUUGCUUUAGGACUGACCAUGUUCCGGCAGUUCAUUCGACUGUCCUCAUGGCCCACUAUCACCGAUUUGCAGGCGAAAUUCACCGAUAACCUAGACUUCCCAGCCAUUACAAUUUGCAACCUAAACCAGUUCUACAAAGCCCGGGUACCAAACAACACCAUCAUCGAGGAUCUCAUUUUUGCUCUCAGUGAACUGCAAGAACUCAUUGGCCUGAACAUCACCAACAACACAGAUCAAACUGCGCAUGACGACAUAUCCGGAGAUGACGUCAGAGAGUUUGCUCUGGACGCUGCUCAUCGAUUGGACGAGAUGUUACGAAUUUGUUUCUGGAGGUCAAAAGAGGUCAAUUGUUCGACUGUGUUCUCUGAGAUUGUCACUGCGUUUGGUGUGUGUUACACAUUUAACGGUAACGGGUCCGAAGCCAGAAGCUGCCGAAACCCAGGACCUCUUGGCGGUCUGAGGAUCAUCCUGAAUAUUGAGCAGGAUCAGUAUUCAUUCUCCAAAACAUUUCAGUCAGGAAUCAAGGUACUUCUACAUGAGCCAUUAGAGAUGACCUUCCCGGGAGUAGACGGACUGUGGGUGGGACCAGGUCUGUCAGCAUCCAUUGCAAUAAGACGUUCUUCGAAAACAUUGUUGCCUCCGCCAUACAAUGCGUUUGGCAGUUCCACGUGUCUUGACACGGCGUCGCCGUCAUUCCAGACGCCACUUGUUCGUUACCUUAGUUACAACUACACGAAACUGACAUGUACCCAGGAAUGUGUGCUCGACAAAAUCGUUCAGAUGUGUGGCUGUAGAAGCUUCUUUGAUCCAGGUAACGAAACAAUCUGUUCCGCGAAGAAAACGAUGAGCUGCUAUUUAAAGGCAAGAUCCAAUCUGACAAUGACAGACUUUGAGAACUGCAGUUGCCCAGAACCGUGUCACCAGGUGCAGUACACCCCCACCUUCUCCCACGCAGACUUCGUCUCUGAAUUUGUUGCCAAACAGCUGGUAAAAGAGAAAUUUAUGAACUCCACCGAUUAUUUAAGCAGAAAUAAUAUUGAAUUAAGAAUAUUCUACGAAAGUUUGCUGGACACUACCAUAGUACAGAAACCGGAACUGACGUAUUUGGAUAUAUUAGGAACACUCGGUGGUCACAUGGGAUUGUUUCUUGGAGCAAGUCUUCUUUCCUUGAGCGAGAUCAUCGAAAUAUGCAUCAUCGUCAUAGCGCGAUUGAUCUCGAAGUUACGUCACUGCAACCGAGUUCCUCAAGUGACGUCAUAA